AUGGAGAAUAUAAUAGUCGUGGCUGGAAACUGGGCCACGAGGGCUUCACCCCAAAUUUUGAUCUGCCGUUUGAACGCCAAAGUCUCGGCGCCAUGCAUUGUCCAGAAUGUCAUGAGGUACCACGAAGCCACUGAUGCCACAAUGACCGAGGCAAGUCCCAUCCUCGAACAAUCCGAACCGAUUGCAAAAAAAGUUCAGCAGCAUUUGCACUUCAAAUUCGUGUGUCGCGUGGCACAAGUGCAACCAGUCUCUGUAAAUUACUUUGCCAAUUCUGACCAAAGAUUCGGAAACUCUCUGACUAUUCGUCCACAAUAUACGAACCGAGAAUUCCGAUGUAAGAAAUUCCCGAGAGAUUCUGGUGAACCUGGAGACAGUCUCGAGCCUGUUUUGCAGAGUACCAAUGCAUUGAGCAGCCAAAGGGUUUCCAUGUUCUGUCCGACUGCAAAUUCCCAGUUUGCAGCAUCCAUUUGCAGGUUUCGCCCCGAAGAACGGAAUCAACCACGGGGAAUCGACGAACGUUUGCCACAUGUAAUAGACGUGCAAACGAAUCUUGGGGUCUUGCCAAAAAACGUCAUUUUGGGAGAAAGGGUGCCAUUUUCGAUACGUGAAGUGGUCCACGAAAUCAGUGAAAAAUCCGCGCAUCGUGGAAUCCCCGCCGAAAACGAACAAGUUCGGACGCGACUGGGAAAUAUUUUUGAACUUGCCAGUGGAAUGAACAGCCAUAAGGUUGCCAACCGAGGGUGUUGGUCAGGGUUCCAGUGCGAAGCAGCCAUUGGCAACUGUCGGUUCCGAGCAGUGCGAGCAAGUGACCUUGGCCGAAGGAAUUUACAGCUUCUUCUAAAGGAGAUUAAGCCCCGGUUUUGGGGGCUUAAUCUCCGUGGACAAUUCCUGAUUAAAGCGAGGUUUUUUCGCAGAAAGGGCACGUAUUUGGCAUUUAUCGGAAGUUGGCCAAUUAGGGAACUUUAUUCCAUGCUCUUGGCAAAGUUCGACGAGGCUCAUUUCCAGUUUGAAGCUGAAGAUGACGAUUAUUUCCACGACACGUCGUCACGUUUUACAGCUCGUUUCCUGUGGCAGGAAUACUUCCGGGGUCGGGGGAAAAUUCCGGAAGCUGCACCAGGGAGAAUAAAUAACCAAGUGUUGGGUUACCGAUAUAAUGCGUGGCUCAUAAAGAUUGGGAUCAAGGAGCCUGGAUGGCAAUCUGCAGCAUCUUCUUUGAACCAAGGCCAUCAAAGGCGCUUCAUGGUGGCGGCGCGAGGGGCAAUUAAAAGGACCCAUCGUCUCAAUACGUCUUCAGGGAAAUAUUGCCCACGUCCCUUUUUCCUCAUUCUUCUCCGUCCUUCCAUAGAUCAAUACAAUUCGGGUUUGAAAAUGCUCAAGAAUCCAAAGAAGCAUGAUGAGAUUAUCCUCACUGAGAUGAAGAAGAAGAAGGAUGAUGAGCAUUUGCCAGCAAGAGAACACGGUGAUGACGAGGCCGUGGAGUUCACGGACCCGAGACUCACAUCCCAUACUGCCGACCCGGAUUUGAAUGAAGUCAUUUCUGAUGAGUUUCUAAGAAAAGUCGAUGUUGGGAUAGGUUUGUUUUAUGCCCCGUCGUCGCAGCAUCCAAACAAUGCUCCCCCGCAGCUCAUCUCAAUUGACCCCGGGUGUCAUCACCUUUCGGGAUGGUUGCGAGGUGCUGGGCAGAGAGAAAAAGCAACCCGGGCCCCGCGGGGCAACAACACCUCUCACCUGGCCCCGGAAGAAAUUCCUGGCGCGCAGCUGAUGCUCUAG